AAAUGGAAGACACAAGGGAAAAAGUGAAAGCAGGUUGUGUUGGUUGGCAAGGUAAUAAUAAGCUUCAAAAGCAGCAUAUGCCUCUCUCUUCUUGAUCUCUCACUUUCUCUUUCUCUCUCAUCAGUUACAGCACCUACAGAUCAAUCACUGUAAGAGACCUCUCUCUUCCCAAGAAGACAAGAAAACCAAAAAAACAAAAUCACAAAUAAACAAUUUUUUUUUAAAGAGAAGUAAAAUAGAGGAAAAUAAUGAGUACCCAUUUUGUUUCAAGACUCAAAGCUCUUAUCUCUCUUCAACCUCAUUGUGCUUAUGGGGUUGUGGAUUAUGAUUGAGUGAACUAGACAAAAGCUUACCUAUAGCAAUCAAGCCAUAUCCCUUCACUCCUUCCCCACACUCCACUGUCAGUCAAGCAUGUAUUUUGUUUCCCUUUGAGCUUCCUUUAUUUGUAGUUUUCUUGUUUUUUUCUCCCUUCCCAUUUCUUCCAUUUUCAUAUCUCAUGAAACAUAUACAGUGAAUGGGUAUUCAAGAUUUCUUGGUUUUCAGUUGUGCAAUACAAUAAAAAAACUGAUCUUUUUUGUUUUUCCCUUGAAAAAUGUGGGGAGCUGAAAGAAAAUAGAGAUUCAAGAGAGGAAAUAGAGCAAAAAUCAAGUCUUUUUCUUCCCCCCUUUUGCAUUUUCUUGAAAACGUUUUUGUUGGCUGCUACAUUCAAUCAGCACAAUGAGGAAACAUGGAUGGCAACUUCCCUAUCAUCCUCUCCAGGUGGUAGCUGUUGCUGUAUUUCUGGCAUUGGGAUUUGCUUUUUAUGUAUUCUUUGCACCUUUUGUGGGGAAGAAAUUGUUUCAAUAUAUUGUGAUGGGGCUUUAUACACCUCUUAUAAUUAGUGCGUUUGGCUUGUAUAUAUGGUGUGCUGGUGCUGAUCCUGCUGAUCCAGGAGUUUUUAAAUCCAAGAAGUAUAUUAAGAAGCUAGACAACAAAAAACAAGUUCAACUUAAAGAAUCUAAAUUAGGGUGUGAGACGAAUUCGUCUAUACAGGACGCUAAUGCUGCUUCAAUUGGAGAAAAUGCAUCUGUAAAAAGCAAUAAAGGAGUUGAACCAGCUGCAGAUCACAAUGCAACUCAAAAGAAAAUUACAGCUACUCAUCAAAGAGGCUUGUUGGCUCUACUACCUUGUGCUCUUAUCUGCAACUGCACAGGUAGACAUGAGGAAUCUUCUCAGCAACAGUUGAGUGAAGACGGCAUGUUCUACUGCAGUUUGUGUGAAGUAGAGGUAUUUAAAUACAGCAAGCAUUGUAGAGUAUGUGACAAGUGCGUCGAUCAGUUUGAUCAUCAUUGCAGGUGGCUGAACAACUGCAUAGGUAAAAGGAACUAUCGCAAGUUCUUUACGCUCAUGGUUUCUGCGCUCCUCCUGCUUAUACUUCAGUGGUCAACUGGAAUUUUUGUACUGAUCUACUGCUUCAUCGAGAAGAAGAAAUUUUCUGCGGAAAUCACCUCCAAAUUGGGAAGCAGUUUCUCCCUUGUUCCCUUUGUUAUUGUGGUGGCAGUCUGUACUAUAUUGGCCAUGAUAGCAACCCUGCCACUUGCUCAGCUUUUCUUCUUUCACAUACUUCUCAUAAAGAAGGGAAUUAGCACCUACGACUACAUCAUUGCUCUCAGAGAUCAAGAACAACAAGGAGUUGCAGGUCAGCAAAGUCCUCAAAUGUCAACUGUAAGCUCCCUAACUGGGUUAAGCAGUGCAAGCUCCUUCAAUACUUUCCAUCGAGCAGCAUGGUGCACACCGCCUCGCCUUUUUGUUGAGGAUCAGUAUGAUGUAGUUGCUCCUGACACUGUAUCGGUCAGUUCACUUGGUAAAAGGUCAACGGUAGAGGAACCAAUCAAGAAAAAGAAUCCAGCUGCUGUGAAGAUCAGUCCAUGGACAUUAGCACGAUUGAAUGCAGAGGAUGUUUCAAAAGCUGCUGCUGAAGCGAGGAAGAAAUCCAAAAUUCUCCAUCCAGUAGUGAGAAACAAAGAAUCUUACACCCUUGAAACAAAUAGCAGUUUAGGAAGCAGUGGACGUCGCAUGGUGCCUAGGCCUGAUAACAAUAGAAGGAGAGCUAGUAAACGUGUUCGACUCCCCACAGAGCUACCCUUCGAAAACUUGAGUAAAAUUCCUAGUGAUAUAGCUCAAAACAGUAGAAAUGCUAUCAUGAGUGAAACAUUAAGUAGUCUGGCUCCACUUCAGCUUGAAGCACGGAGCGAUUUCCGAACAGGCCGAGGACUGUCCUCAGGUGGUGUUGCUGCUUCUUCCCCCGAGAGUAGUUUGGACUCUCCUGACAUUCACCCACUCCGGGUGUCAUCGUCCGGUGUUGAAGAAGCUACGCGUUUCGUGGGCCUAUCAUCUGGAAUGACUCCUCAGAAGGACACUCCACUGUCUAGGUCGACUAGUGAUGGAUACGAGGCAUCUGGUGGAGAGGAUAGUGAUCGAGUCCCUACUCGCAUUGUGCAAAGGUCAACAAGGUGGAGUAGCAUUCUUUUUGGAUCUGAUCAACAAGAUGAUCGAGUCAGAAGAUUGAUGAUACCAUCUUCAUCAAGCCAGUCUAACAUCAGGAAACAUUGAGCCUCGAAAACGUACUCGGAAUUCUUGUGUAAGCUCUUGAAGUUGCAUGAUCUGUUGACAUUUCUUAAUUUGUUGAUGAUGUUUGUCCAGUAGUAUAUACCUUCAACUUGGUCUGUUCCAUUGGCCAUUGAGUUCAAGUUUUGGUUUUUGGGUGAGAGAGAAGUGCUGUAAAUGUUUAGUGGAAAAAGAUUGUCAUUCUCUUGUCCUCAAAUGCAGCAUUCAAUGAUCACUUCUGUCUGCUAUCACUUGGAAGCUGGAAUUCUCCUUACAAUUUUUUUGAAGUUCAUUUCAAUGUUUCUAUGGAGAAACCACUGGGUUCUCUUG